UCACAAAAAAUAUUAACACAUUCAUCAAAGUAACUGAAUUUACGUUCUGUUGGAAUCGUUAUAUCUAACAGGCUUUGUUUAUCAUUUUUGAUAAAAAUCAGUGCAGUGUUUUAGUGCUCUUUUACUGUGUGAUAAAUUGAUAUCAAUUUACACAUGUCUGAAACGGAGAAAAUAAAAACUCCUCAACAGCUAUGGGAAAAGAUUUCCUCAAUAUUCGUGCAUUUUGUGGAGAGAAUAUUUUUUGUACUGGGUGUGUUAAUUGCUAAAAACCCAUGGAGAACUAUAGCAUUUUCUUGGAUAUUCGUGAUACUCAGCUGUGGUGGCCUAUACAAAUUUUACAUAGAAAAGAAUCCCAUAAAACUUUGGGUGCCACCUGAUUCGGACUUUUACCAUGACACCAAUUGGUAUAUUGAAAACUUUGGGACAAUGCUCAGGAUGCAAAGAAUAUUAAUUACUGCUGAUAAUGUUCUUGAGCCGGAAGUGUUAUUUGCCAUAAAAAAUAUAACCAAACAUGUAGAAUAUAUGAAAGCAGAAUAUGACAAUAAGACAUAUUCAAUAAAUGAUUUAUGUCUAAAAGUUCCUAUAGUAAAUUUUGGAGCUUCAAGCUGGAAGUCUAGAUCUGAUGAACCCGAAAAGAAAAAUAAAACACACGUUGAUUACUCAGACCCCUCCCUCUGGAUGGACACCUCAUUUUAUUGCAGUCUAGUUGAGAAUUUUGAUGAAACAUGCUUACAAAAUAAUGUUCUCGAUCUGUGGUCAAAUAAAGAAGAAUUGUUGUACAAUACUACUAAGAAUGACAUAAUAGCUAGAGUUAAUGAUAUUAAAGUAAAUCCGGUUACCGGUCAUCCCUAUGACUACACAAAACUACUGGGAGGUGUGGAGUACGACAUUAAUGGAGAUAUCGUUAUAGCUAAAUCAAUUUUAGUGACGUGGUACAUGUAUGUGAAUAUGACUGAUGUGAACAUGAAUGAAGUGGGCAAUUUGAUUGGUACAGAAGAGUGGACAUCGGUUCCCCUCGCUCUAUGGGAGAAAAAAUUUCUUGAGUAUGCUGAAACACUACACGAACAAUACAAAGACUUAAAUUUCUACUAUGAGUCCGGAAGAAGUUUUGCUGAUACUAGUGGGGAAGCAAUGUUUGGUGAGAUGGGCAAACUGUUUACAGGUAUUUUUGUCAUGUUUAUAUAUGUUUUACUGGCUAUAUCCCGUUGGAACUGGUUAGAAUUCCGACUGACCCUAGGAGGUGUCGGACUUAUGAGUGUAGGCAUGGCGUAUGGAUGUACCAUAGGUUGGUGUUCUCUUAUUGGCAUACCAUUUGGUCCCGUGCACUCUUCACUACCUUUCCUUUUAAUGGGGUUAGGGUUGGACGAUAUGUUCGUUAUGAAUGCUUGUUGGAAGAUAGUUGUUUCAUCAACAGACCCAGCAACGAGUCUUCCUUUAAAGAUUGGCCAUAUGCUGGAGCAUGCCGGUGUAUCUAUUGUGAUAACCUCAUUUACUGAUAUUGUUGCCUUAUUAGUUGGUGCUAUUACAAUUUUACCAUCAUUAAAGUCCUUCUGCUUAUAUGCAGCAAUGGGUGUGUUCUUUAUAUUCAUAUUUUCAGUAACAUUUUUUGUAGCUGUAUUUACAUUAGAUAUAAAAAGAAUAGAAGCUAGAAGAAAUGGUGUAUUCUUCUGCUAUCAACAUGAGAGAGAUAUUAAAUUAUCCGAUGGAGAAACAUUUUUUUCAAAGAUUUUAGCAAAGUUCUAUGAAAAUAUUGUGUUUACUCUACCUGGAAAAAUAGUCAUUAUACUUUUUACCCUCAUUGUCACAGGUUUUAGUAUUGAAUCUAUAUUUCAUUUGGAACAAAGAUUUGACCCACAGUGGUUUAUUCCUGAUAAUACUUAUUACAAGGAUUUCUUAAACAGCUAUGAACAUUACUAUCCAAGGGAAGGAAAUCCAGCUAUCGUUACUCUCGGUGACAUGAAUUACAAUACUGAAUUCAAAAAAUUACAUAAUAUGGUAAAAGAGUUAAAAAAAGAGUCCUAUGUUGCAGACAUGGAUUCAUGGGUAGAAACAUUUCAUCAAUAUGUUCUCACUAACUACAAUCAUAAUUUACUAAACGGGAGCGAUCUGUCCGAUGAGAAAUUCAAUCGGUACUUGUCUCAGUUUUUGUUCAGUCCCGUGGGAGGAAAAUACCAAUUUCAAUUUAGGUUUCCCGAGCCACUUCAGUGCGGCGGCACUAUUAAUCAGACCUUAGCGUCUUUAAUGUCUUUCACGUUCCCCAGAUUCGAAGGACCCGAAACUUAUAUUCCCGCUAUGCACACUGUAAAAGAUACAGUCAAAAACACAAAUAUAACCACCGGCAGCGGGUAUAGAAGCGUCUGGGCUAAGGCUUUCGGAAACUGGGCCACUGAUGAGGUCAUUGCGGUAGAAGUCGAAAGAAACGUGGAAUUAGCUCUGCUGUGUGUAAUGCUGUGCACAAUUGUGUUGAUAACGAACAUUCAAAUGUGUCUGUGGAUAUUUAUCUGCGUGUUAUUGACAAUAAUAAAUGUUCUCGGCUUCAUGCAAAGAUGGGGCAUGACCGUUGACAUUGUUUGCUGCAUCGGUCUCGAACUUGCGAUCGGCCUUUGUGUAGAUUACGCCGCUCAUGUGGGGCACACGUUUUUAACUAUAAAAGAGGGCACGAGAAACGAGAGAGCCCUCAAAACGGUGACGUCUAUUGGUACCGCAGUUCUCCUCGGUGGUGGUUCCACGUUCCUUUCCUUGUCGUUUUUGAGUCAAUCGAAAGCCUACACUUUCCAAUCUUUCUUCAAAAUAUUUUUCCUCGUAAUUCUUUUUGGAUUGUUUAACGGUCUAUUGUUCCUCCCCGUUGUGUUGUCGUUUAUUGGACCAAAAAGAAGUUCUAGAAAUAAAGCAGACUUUUCUCCGGAGGCGGUUGAAUUGAAUAACACUAAAAAUAAUGAGCAAAAUGGUUUAUAAUGUCGACAUUGACUAGUCACAAUUUCUCAUCCGAGUAGGAUAUAAUAUUAUCUAAGUUAAUAUUUUCUCUACAAA